AUGGCCGCCAGAUCCAGUUCUCAAAGUUCCAGGUUGGCGAGGCUGGGAAGGUUGGCGAAGCUUGCGCCUUUCCUCCACGAGAGCGCCACGUGGAAGUACAUCCAGGCACCGAUGCCACGCACCCGCGAGUGCACCCGCGUGCAGGAUGUGCGCCUGCUGAUC